GGAUUUACAAAAUAAAUCGUAAACAUUGUUUUAGUCCCGUGUAAGGGGAGUGCUUGAAGAACUUGUUCUGCAUCUAGCCCUUGCUGAUUGUAUCAUGAACACUACAUGGCUCAAAGGGCAGCUGCGAGAACUGCCUUUAGCACCUCACCGUUAGCUCUCUCAGAUUAUGAAAGGACUGUGUCAAGAAAAUUCUGAGAUUUGCUGUUUCCACGUCCCACACUGUGUAUGUUUUGGUGUUGGCAACUGUAGUGUGCUAGGCAAGAAUAUGUUUGUAGAGAAUUAGUACAACAAGCACAGUGCGAGAUCCAAUUGGUGAGGAAAGGUGAGACUUACUUUAAAAAUUUGCAGGACUAAUUUGCAGGAAGGAUCCUUCAAAUUCAAGCAACUGCAUCAGGGCAUUUUCAUUCCCUAGAGCCAGCCGCUGCCUGAAAGGCACCUGGUCAGCUUGCAGCAGGACACCGCCAGAUCUCAUCCCAGCUGUGAGUGGGCAUCAUUGUGGGACACGCGUCAACGUGAAGAGAAGGGGGUUGCCCUUGGCUGUUGACCACAGGGGACCUACCUCCUUUAUGGAUAUGCUGCAUCUGGGGCUGCCAAGCCAGGCUAUGCAAAUUUGUCUACAAAACAUUAAAAAAUGGAAGUCAAAGAAAAAUGACUCAGCUCAACAAGAAGAGGGCAAAGUAAAACAGGGACAAGUGAGAAGCAGAAAGAACCAUAAAAAAAUAGGAAAUGUUGACUAAUCCCUCUCAUACUUGUUUGUACAUUAAAAAAAGAGCUACAUGCUUUACAGACAAAAGAAGAAGAAGAAGAACAAAGAACAAGACAAAGCUGAUAAUACAGACCGUCCUUACUAAAUGAGAAACCAUUCCUCCUUGCUAUCUUCAAAAAUCUCUCUGUAGUGAAACUCCCAUAAUAGAGUUGCCUUUUGAGACUCACUUCCAUGGGAUUAGCAGUAUUUUUUAAAAUACAACUGAAAUAUGACUAUCCCAGUGCUGUAGUUCUUAGUACUGAUGACUUCUUUACUAGAAAUGGUGUAUACGUGUUUGAGCCUGACUUCCUAGAGGAUGCACACAAAUGGAACCAAAAGAGAGCACGCAAAGCAAUGAAGAAUGGGAAAAGCCCGGUUAUUAUUGAUAACACCAACAUCCAUGCUUGGGAAAUGAAGCCGUAUGUGAUGAUGGCUCGUGAAAAUAGCUACGAAGUUAUAUUCCGAGAACCAGAUACACCCUGGAAGUUCAAUGUUCACGAACUGACAAGAAGAAAUAUCCAUGACGUCCCUCGACAAAAGAUACAACGGAUGAAAGAAGAAUACGAGCACAACGUUACCUUCCACAGCGUUCUUCAUUCCGACCAGCCCAGCAGAGAUGACAGAAGCGCCACGGGACCAAACACAGCUUAUGGCCUGGGUGCCCACUCCAGCCCCCCGCCGGCCUUCUCACACAGAAGACCUCGCCCGGCACGCACGAACACUGUGCCAUUUCGCUGAGGAGUGGAGGCCUCUGUAUGUGUUUUAAUUAUCAGGGUAUCAAAGGCUCUAGUUUUACUUUUUUUACACAAUUUUUUAUUCUUGUAUUUUCCUACUGCAUUUCAAAACAAGACUUUUAUUUCUUAAAAGUCUUUAAAUGUCGCUAGAUUAUGAUCUCACAGCUCUUGCUGGCUGAUUGCCCUCUUAUCUCUGGCACAAACAGCAUGCCCCCGUCCCUCUUCCUUCUCUAAAAUUCAUUCAUGCUUAUGGUGACAUCUAUUAGCUUGUCCUUUUUUUUUUUUUUUUUGCAUUGCUCUGUCACUGCUAGAGAGCACUGAAUACUCUUAGAUUCUUUUUUUUUUUUUUUUUUUUUUUUUUUCUUACAGCCCAUGUGGCCAAUUCCUUAAUUCCUUCACCAUGCACUGGUCAUUUCUUGCAGUUUUGCUACUGUAUAAGCUUUUCUGUCUUCCCAUUCUUGUCUAGCACGUCACUGCUAACUUUCAGAGAGGCAAAGUCAAUCAUGGAAAAGGUAGCUCUAAGAAAGCAUGGCAAGAUUUGAUGCUCUUCUGAAUCUACACAUCUUCUGCCUGCUUUUAUGUUGUUCUUACCUUAGCGCUAACAGAGCCAAGCAGCAUCUCCAGCCUAAAGGAGGAAAACUUUAAUGCUUUAAACUGUGCAUUCACCUUCAUCUUGCGGAGACAUAGCAGGAGGCAGAGUUCAGUUUCCUGAAGGAAAGAGCACCAGCUGUGUGCUUGCUAACUUUAAGGUGGUACCGGGCUACAGAGGCAGCUGUAAAUAGCCAAAGCACAGGGCUGCUGACUACCUGAACUCAGGAGGACAAACUGUGUUGCACAAAAUGACAACUUAAGAAAGGAGGGGGGAAAAAAGUGUUUGUAAGGGGAGAAAACAACUCCUUCCACCACGCAGUGCAGAGAAGCCAUUGACUGACGGCUGGCUGAGGAAAAGAAGCUAUCCUGCAGGAGUUUCAGCAAUUGUAUAAAAUCCUGCUGAUAUGUCUUUGUCAACAAAGUUCAUAAAACAUUAUUGUAAAACUCA